CCUGUCCUGUGUCCUAUUUCUUCUCUUCAUCUCCCUCUUCUCGACUUCUUCUCUGUCUGAGUACUCAAGCUUGUACAUUGUUCAUCCACCGGGAGAUUCAUCAUCAACUAUCGUUCAUAAUCAUCUAUCCAUUCUAACCCUAAUCAAGACGGUCAAUUCUAUCAAUUAAUUCAUCAACUCCUCAAAAUGACCGCUCCUCGCUCGACAUCACUCCGUGCUCUGCGUGCUCUGUCACAACAUCAAACCCCUGCUACGACCCUCUACUGCCGUCGUCGCUUGCACAUCACCGGUGCCUUUUCCGCUCAACCCGUCGAGGGCACCGAUAAGGCUGCUGCGUAUGCUGCUCGUACUCUGGCAGACCUCAAGAAUGAAUGCCACCGACGGGGAUUGAGGACUGGCGGUUCAAAAUCUGAGCUUGUGGACCGUCUUUCCAACAAUGACGUACUAUACACCCGGGCUUUCAACAUUGCCAAAACCCGUAUCAACGGCAGUGUUUUCGGAGGACCUGCCGAAACCCGCUCAUUCAACACCUCUCGCGCCAGCAAAGCUGUCAACGACUCCUCCACCCUAGACUUCGUCUACAUGCCCAACAUCGCCUCCCUCGAAGACGAAUCAAACCCAGCCCAACGCAUCCCCAUCAUCGGCAACCUCAACUUCGACUUCAGCACCUCCCCCGACCAGCAUCACUCUGAAUAUCCACCCAUGAAACCCCAAAUUCACGCCAUUGGCGAAUCCGGUCCGGAUCUCUCGGCCAGUCCCAUGAGUGAAGUCGUCGAUAAUCAUGCCGUAGAUAUCGAUCCUUUCAAACUCACUGAGACAGUGGGUAAAUCUCGUGCUGGUGAGAAUGAGAUGAGGGAGAGACGACUUGCUAGUCAAGGUGGGGAGAAGGGUGUGAUUGGGGAGUUGUUUAGUGGGAUGAUUGAUGAUAUUUGGGGUAAGGGUUCUGCUGCUAGUAGUAGUAAACGUCAUUAAUCGGUUGUCACCUGGAUCCAUUUGAGCAUUGGGGUUGUAUUGAUUGACUGUGUGAAGUGUACUGUUUUAUUAUUUGUUUAAUUCUACUUCUUGAAUAUACAUAUUUUCCUCAUACGUUGUCUACCAUUCUACCCAGGUAUAAUAUCUGGUUCUAAAGGCUUGUAGCGAAUGUAAACUUGUAGUGCAUGCCCUAUAUACAAUUGUAAAUGGCAACGUCAAACAAUAACAUAGUAAAAGUGAAUAUCAAAACGUGAAGAGCAUCAACGUAGCGGGAUAACAUGAAUGUGUCGAGUAACGGAAUGAGGGACAUAAUUGGCUAGUCAAAUCCAACCCUAACGCCAAAAAUAUCAGGAAUGACAGAAUGAGAUACACAGUGCAUAGUUGAGAAAAGGCAUGGGAACAGUAUGCUAUUCAUACAUAGCACGUCUAUCCGAUAACAACAGCAAGAAUAAUCACCGUCAAUAUAAUCGCCAAAAUAAGCAAGAGACAACACAUCUUAUUCCGCGCAUUCUUCUGAUACCGACUCGCACUCCUCAAUUCAACAUUCGCGCCGCGUGUAUCACUUGUAACAUUCUCAACAUUCUCGCCAAUGAUAUCAAGCUGACUUCCUUGCUCAUGCACAAUGUGAGCCACAUCGCGAAACAAUUCAUUCAAUUCGCCGACGCUUUGCUCAAUGUUUCGAAUCUCGGCUUCACGCUCGAUAAUUAGCGCUUCUUGGAAGUCGACUUCGUCCUGGUUUGCCAGGCGGGGCUGUUCGAGUUCUUGUUGUUGGAGUUGUUGUUGCUCUUGUCCUUCGACAGUAUGGCCAGCUGAUUGAUCGCCGUCUUGGUGUAACGCGGUCCUUGAAGCGACUGCGGAUGCUCGUUGUUUUUCCAGAGCGCGGCGUUGCACAGUUUGGAAUUCGUCUAAUGCUGCUUUGAAUUCGGAUGAUAGUUUUUGUUGCG